CUCCCGGCGACCAGAGCCCGAGAGAGAGACCCUGGCGGCGGCGGCGCCUGACACUCGGCGCCUCCUGCCGUGCUCCGGGGCGGCAUGUCCGAGGCUGGCGGGGCCGGGCCGGGCGGCGGCGGGGCGGGGGCCGGGGCGGGGGCUGGGCUCGGGGCGCUACCCCCGCCGCCCCCCGCGCCGCCGCCUGCGCCCCCAGGCUCCCCUUGCGCCGCCGCCGCCGGGGGCUCGGGUGCCUGCGGACCGGCGACGGCGGUGGCGGCGGCGGGCACAGCCGAGGGACCGGGAGGCGGCGGCUCGGCCCGGAUCGCGGUGAAGAAGGCGCAACUGCGCUCCGCUCCGCGGGCCAAGAAACUGGAGAAACUCGGAGUGUACUCCGCCUGCAAGGCUGAGGAAUCUUGUAAAUGUAAUGGCUGGAAGAACCCCAACCCUUCUCCCACUCCACCCAGAGCCGAUCUGCAGCAAAUAAUCGUCAGUCUGACCGAAUCCUGCCGCAGUUGUAGCCAUGCCCUAGCUGCUCAUGUUUCCCACCUGGAGAAUGUGUCAGAGGAAGAAAUGAACAGACUCCUGGGGAUAGUGUUGGAUGUGGAAUAUCUCUUUACCUGUGUCCACAAGGAGGAAGAUGCAGACACCAAACAAGUUUACUUCUAUCUGUUCAAGCUCUUGAGAAAGUCUAUUUUACAAAGAGGAAAACCUGUGGUCGAGGGCUCUUUGGAGAAGAAACCCCCAUUUGAAAAACCUAGUAUCGAACAGGGUGUGAAUAACUUUGUACAGUACAAAUUUAGUCACCUGCCACCCAAAGAAAGGCAAACAAUAGUUGAGUUGGCAAAAAUGUUCCUAAAUCGCAUCAACUAUUGGCACCUGGAGGCACCCUCUCAACGAAGAUUGCGAUCUCCCAAUGAUGACAUUUCUGGAUACAAAGAGAACUAUACAAGGUGGCUGUGUUACUGCAACGUGCCGCAGUUCUGUGACAGUCUGCCUCGAUACGAGACCGCCCAGGUGUUCGGGAGAACCCUGCUCCGCUCCGUCUUCACCGUUAUGAGGCGACAGCUCCUGGAACAGGCGAGGCAGGAGAAAGACAAACUGCCACUUGAGAAACGGACUCUAAUUCUCACCCAUUUCCCCAAGUUUCUGUCCAUGUUAGAAGAAGAAGUUUAUAGUCAAAACUCUCCCAUUUGGGAUCAGGAUUUUCUCUCAGCUUCUUCCAGAACCAGCCAGUUAGGAAUCCAAACAGUUAUCAGUCCACCUCCUGUGGCUGGGACAAUUUCAUACAAUCCGCACUCAUCUUCCCAUGAACAGCAGAAUGGAGGGAGCACCAGUCCUUCCUGCAAAGGUACUUCCGGGCUUGAGGCAAACCCAGGAGAAAAGAGGAAAAUGAACGACUCUCAUGUUUUGGAGGAGGCCAAGAAACCCCGAGUGAUGGGCGACAUUCCACUGGAAUUAAUCCACGAGGUCAUGUCCACCAUCACGGAUCCUGCAGCCAUGCUCGGGCCAGAGACCAAUUUUCUGUCAGCACAUUCAGCCCGGGACGAGGCGGCAAGGCUGGAGGAGCGCAGGGGUGUGAUUGAAUUUCAUGUGGUGGGCAAUUCCCUGAACCAGAAGCCCAACAAGAAGAUUCUGAUGUGGCUGGUGGGUCUGCAGAACGUGUUCUCCCAUCAGCUGCCCCGGAUGCCAAAGGAGUACAUCACACGGCUGGUCUUUGACCCGAAACACAAAACCCUCGCUUUGAUUAAAGAUGGACGUGUUAUUGGUGGCAUCUGUUUCCGCAUGUUCCCUUCCCAAGGAUUCACAGAGAUUGUUUUCUGUGCUGUAACCUCAAAUGAGCAAGUCAAGGGCUAUGGAACACAUCUGAUGAACCAUUUGAAAGAAUAUCACAUAAAACAUGACAUCCUGAACUUCCUCACAUAUGCAGAUGAAUAUGCAAUUGGAUAUUUCAAGAAGCAGGGUUUCUCCAAAGAAAUUAAAAUCCCCAAAACCAAAUAUGUUGGCUACAUCAAGGAUUAUGAAGGAGCCACUUUAAUGGGAUGUGAGCUAAAUCCACGGAUCCCGUACACAGAAUUUUCUGUCAUCAUUAAGAAGCAGAAGGAGAUCAUUAAAAAGCUGAUAGAAAGGAAACAAGCCCAGAUUCGGAAAGUCUACCCUGGACUUGCCUGUUUUAAAGAUGGAGUUCGGCAGAUUCCGAUAGAAAGCAUUCCUGGAAUUCGAGAGACAGGCUGGAAACCAAGUGGAAAAGAGAAAAGUAAAGAGCCCAAAGACCCUGACCAGCUUUACAGCACACUCAAGAGCAUCCUACAGCAGGUGAAGAGCCAUCAAAGCGCUUGGCCCUUCAUGGAACCCGUGAAGAGAACAGAAGCUCCGGGAUAUUAUGAAGUUAUAAGGUUCCCCAUGGAUCUGAAAACCAUGAGUGAACGCCUCAAGAAUAGGUACUACGUGUCUAAGAAAUUAUUCAUGGCAGACUUACAGCGAGUCUUUACCAAUUGCAAAGAGUACAACCCCCCUGAGAGUGAAUACUACAAAUGUGCCAAUAUCCUGGAGAAAUUCUUCUUCAGUAAAAUUAAGGAAGCUGGAUUAAUUGACAAGUGAUAUUUCUUUCUUCUGCUUUUUUAGAAACUCAUCAAGCAGUGUGCCUAAAGCAUGGUUUAGUUUUACAAAGAAUUGGACAUAAUGUAUUGAAGAUACUUGUAAAAGUAAUAAUUAGCACUUUUUAAAAAACAAACAAAAAACCUCCUCUUAGCUUUUCAGAUCCGUAUUUAAAUUGAAGUCAUAGAACCUUUUUAUUUUAUGGACUAGAUUUUGAUCUAUUUACUACUAUUACUGUAAAUUUUCUAUGGCAUGUCCAUUAGCUGAAUAUUCAAUAAUAGAUGAUCAGGGGUUUCCUCAAAAUUUAUAUAUGAGGAAAUUGCACAUAGUACCAAGACUUGGGGGAAUCCAGAAAAUUUUUAGACCGUGAAUGUUUCCAUUUUUUUCUAAUGGAAUGUGAGAGUUUAUUUUUAUUUUAUUCUGAAGGACUUUAAAGGAAGGGAUUCAUGAUAAAAAGCCCGUAAAAGGUGAAAUAUGUGAUGUUUGAAGUCUCUUGGUAGACUUUUUAUAUAUAUUUUUAAAAAACACUCAUCUAGAUGAGGUGCUUUGAGCAGUUCUGAAAAAUGCAGUUCCAGAAAAGCAACUGCUUUGAUUCCUAAGGAAGAAAUUCUAAAUAAUGCAAACUUUUUUUUAUAAGCAUCUGGGUUUUUGAUAAUUCUGUCUAUCUACAACAAACUGGUGAGUGCAUAACCACUAUUUUAAUAAUUAUUUUCUCUACACAAAUGUGUAAUAUUAUAUUUGACUUUGCUUAUGCAGGCCAUAAGUUCCAAAAAAGCAAUUUCCCCUGGCCACAAAGACAUACAUUUGAAAACACUUGUGAUUGAAUCAACAUGCUUUAAUAGGAAAAGAUGUAUAAUCUAUGUAUGUAUCAAGUUUAGUGCAUCCUUGUUCUAAUAAGGAUUUUUCCCCCCCUUUUCUACGAUGCACAUAACCCCCCUGAUAGGUAUUUAUGAACGUUUUCCUUUUGCACCUCCAGAUAGUAUUCAUUGUCUGAGGUGAAUUAAAUUACCACCAAGACUUGCUGUCAGUAUUUCAACACCUACUUCGGCAUAUAGACCCAGGGUAAUAUCCCACUAACAUAACCUUAUUAACCUGUCUUGGGAUUCCGGCUGAGUGCUUGGAUUUAUAUCCUUAUUAACACUACAUUGAAAAGUGGGACGUCUGCCAUCCCAACUCUGGGAGAACCAACUUAUAUAAGACAAAUGAAGGCCAUCUUAAUGGUCUCGACACUAAUUUUUAUGAUACAAAUUUAUAAACUGAUUUUUGUAAAGGACUAGGUUUUAAAAGUGUAUUUAACCUGAUGUUUUCUAUCAGCAUAAAUGAAUUAAAACGAUCAUUUAUUAGUCAUUAAACACAGUUGCCAGAGAUAAUCUGCAUGAAGGGAAAAACCCUGCCGAUGGCUAUGAAGUUGGAAGGUUUGUUUUGACUAUGUAAGAAGUAUUCAGAAUGCUCCCCCUGAGAAAUGCCUCAACUUUUUUAAGGAGAAGAAACCACCAUGAGUGGCAUUUAGAUUUCUAAUGAAGAAUGAUGAGACAGUUUGGAUUAAGUAUCUUGGACUGGUUUUAUACAGUGCUUUUGUACUGGAUCUGCCGAAGCAUCUGUCCAGCUUGGUAUCCUGUGAAAAGUUUGUUAUUUUCUGGGUAGACAUUCUUAUAGAGUAUUGUCUUUAAAAUAAGAUUGUCUCUUCUAUAUUGAAAGCAUUUUUAUGUUUUCUAAUUUAAAAAUUAAUAUUUUCUUAUAGAUAUUGUGCAAUAAAGCUGAAGUAGGAUGUGUGGUUUUGCAAAUGCUUUAACAGCAGAUAAAAUUUUACAUUUGUAAAAUUAAUAUAUUGUACUGGUACAAAAUAGUUUUAAAUUAUAUUUUAAAAAGCUCUCAAUCUGGUGGUGUGUUUUCUUCUUUUGGCAGCUUGCAUUUAACUGGGCAAAUGUACAGCCCAGUUGAUGGCCAACUACAUCCUUAAUUCUUAGGUCUUAAGUAUUUUGAGAAAGAUGUUUAGCAGUGUCACAUUUGUGGGAGGUUUCAUAAAAAUUCACAGCCCAGCAGGGAGAGAUUUUCAAGAGGAGAGAUACUUGCUGUGACUCUUGAGUGCUCCAUGCAUCUUGCCUAUUAUCACGCAUUAAACAAAGAAAAAAUCUAGCUAAAAAAAAAAGAGUGUUACUGAUUUUAGAAACAAAGUCUCCCUAGUUUUUUUUUUACUUUGCAUCUGUGGAGUAAGUGAAUGAGGAGCAAGACAUCUAAAAAUGCACCUGAUUUUUAGACCGCUCCUGCAUGAGCUGCUCAUGUUACUCCAAGUGCUAACUGUAGGAAAGAAUACUGUAUCCUCUUGGGGUAUGAUGAGACAGUUUGGAUUAAGUAUCUUGGACUUAAGCUCCCCUCUUCCUUUCUAAAUUCUGAACCAGCUAAGCAGUCUAAAGAAUAAGGCAUAUGAUAGCUGGAAUGUCAUUAUUGCUAAUAAAAUGUGUUUAGGAGAUUGUGACUAAGUAUCUGUGGAAAAUGAACUUCCUGAAUCAGAGCCCCAGGAUGUGACUGAGGUGCCAGCUGCCAGCAGCCCUGCACCACUGAGGACGUCGCCCUCCAAGGCCAGGGCCUUUACCCUUCAGCUAGUGCAUGGCCAAAGGCAGUGCUUCUCUCUGAAGGCAGGCUACCUCCCAAGAGGCACAGGUGAGGAAGGAACAGAGCAACCUAAGUCAUCAGUGCGGUAAGUGGGAGGGGUGCAGGGAGGGGGGCAGAGGGAAGUGGGGGCUGAUGCAUGGCCUUCUGUAGGAGAGUGAACACUGGAAUGGAGACUAAGUCUCCCACCCAACCCCAUAUAUCCAUGGGCAAAUAUCUGUAUUAAAAUUUUUAUUUUGACUAUUCAACACUAGUCAUGUUGAAUGAAAAGAAAAUGAUGAUUUGCAUGUUACCUGAAAGUAAAAUUUGUAACUGUGAAACCUAAGAAGUAGAAACAGGAUCAGACUGAGGUACUAUGGACAGGUAAAUGACAAGUCACCCCUUUAAGCUGAUAUUCUUCAGACCAACCCUCAGUGUUUAUUCAUCUAAGAGCUGUAUGAGACAGGGUUACUGGUAACAGUCCUUGGCCUUUUCCAUAUUGUUUUGAGCUGUUCUGUUCUGGCCCUUACCUAGCAUUCUCCUCUUAACAAAGUGAAAAAAACCAAAGAGAAGAGGGCAGCUACUCUGAAAUACCAAAGGUCAUAAUGGCUCUUACUUAAGAGGCAGUAAUUACGUUGACUUUUUUUUUCUUCAUCAUCUUGAAACAGAUGUUUAGAUUUAUUGACUAUGCAGACAUUUCAUCCUGGUAGAAAAAAAGAGGUGUGUGUGUGUGUAAAGGGUGGUGGUUGCAACUGAAAUCAGGGCCUCAAUUUGAGUCUUCAGGCUCUUGGUGGCUUUUACUUUCAGGCUCUUACUUUUUCCUUUGGGCCCAUCAGAGCUACUAAUCUUACUAAUAGAUGAAGACAGACAAGGCAAAAUAGUGUCAGUAAUGUCCCAGUUAGGUAGAGAUGAACAUAAAGAUGGGGAAAAAAAAAAAAAAAAACUGGAAGAAGGUUUU